GUUGGCGACACGGAGGCAAACAUCUCUCCGUGACUCCCCUGCAGCGCCAUCAAAUCAGCUCCCUGGCUCGCUCUGACAACGUUGCCGUGGAAACCCCUCCUCCUCACGUCUCCUCUUCGUCCUCCUCGCGCGCACACACACCCACGCCGCACGCACCGACACGAGCGGUAUUCCCGCCGCGCCCCUUCUUGCCGUGCCUGAUGAAUAAUCCAUGUGGAGGCAGCUCGGCAGCGGGAGUGCAGGGAAUGCCGGCCGGAAGGAAUGCCAUGUGCAUUUAGGGACGUGUCCGCCUGAGCUAAUGGACUUCUUGGCUGGAUCCCACACAUGGAUGCUGCUCACAUGUGGGGAAUCUCAUCCUUCUGACUCGUGUUUGAGAAACGCUGCGGCCAUGUUCGACGGGAUGCUUGGACUGACCUUAACCGCUUCCUUUCACGCGCUAAACGUCGCGUGACACCUUCAUCCUUAUCCCUGCGGAGGACUUUAAGAAAGACACCUCGGCCAUGUUCUGCUUCUGUUUCCAGAGCCCGUCCCUUAAGCUACAAGCCCUGGAGGCCGACACGGGACCCCCUCCUAACCCAGCGCCCGAGGACCCCAGGGACCAGAAGAACCCGCCAUCCCACCCGCUGCCUCUUUUGAACAGGGAGCCGAGCCUGCAUGCGGACCACAUGCCGCUCCUCCACUCGCCUCCGCCGGCGCCAACGCAGGACGUAGUGGACCCAUCACGGCUUGUCGCCGACUCUUCACGAUGUGGUCCUGCGCCCGCCAACGCCGCUCCCCCAGGAGACGAGGACGCCCUGUCGAGCUCUCCGGGCUCCACCAGCAGCCCCCCUCUCCUCUCCAGCUUUACCACCAGCGAGUGCCCGGUCCCAUCGCCACGCUGCCCCAACCUCAGCAGCAGUCUGCGCUACAACCUGGACCCCGACAGCGCCCCCUCUCCGCCAUGCUCCCAGCACAUCCGCAUGGCGCGCUGCAGUGUCCGCGCAACGCCGGAUGACGGCUCCUCGUCAGUGUCGCUGCUGAAAAGACACAUCCAGACCUUGAGGAAGAGGAUCAGGCAGCUGGAGGAGCAUUUUGAGCAGGAGAGGCUGAAGCCUUCCAAUUACGACAAGACUGCACAUCCAGAAGUUGCCAGACUCGUUACGGAGCUCCUGAAGAGCCGCAAGCAGCUUAAAGAACUCAAAUUAUGUCACAUGGAGGAAGGUGUCUUCAAAGGAGCGGCGAACCCCCCAGCAGACCUGAGCGGGAGCAACGAGAGGGAGGCGGCACUCUCGGGGCCCGAGCUGGAGCACAUCAACAACAACAGCAACGCUAACAAGCCCAGCGUGGAGGACACGCUACACGUCAUCACCAGCACGUUGAAGGACAGGAGACGGGAGCUCGGCCUGCCGGACAGCAUCAAGGAGAUGAACCAUUCCCAGAUGAGCUUGGAGAAGUCCAGCCUGCAGAAAUGUCUCCUCUACUUUGAGAGUCUCCAUGGACGCCCGAGUGAAGUCCACGAGUGUUCCGCCAUCAUGCCUUUCUAUGAGCGCUAUCACGUCCUCAAGCAGUUACUGCUGUCCUCCCCGUCCCCCACACUCAUCACCACCAUCGAGGAAGAGGAGGGCUCUGAUGAAGAGCAAUGCCCCACACCAGGAAGUAUAUCGUCUGGGUCGCCGUUGCCUGCUCUCCCCUUAGAAAUGUCAGAAACACCUCUGGUGUCUCCUCUGGAGGAGGUCAAGUGUCUCCAGAUGCAGGUGGUCACCAUGGCAACACUCCAUGAGGCCUCCAGAUCGGAAUUACUGGACCAUCUGAGGAUCACCCGGCUGGAAAAACGUCGGAUUCAUCGAGCGCUGCGAGAGUUUGAGGAUCUUUUCUACACGCUGAGUGGCAGGGUUUGUCAAAAGGAGGACCGCGGCCCCAUGGCAGACGAGUACUGCCAGUAUAAGAACCUCAAAGCAAAGCUCCGCCUCCUGGAGGCUCUGCUCAGUAAAAAACAGGAAACAGCCAAGAGCAGCUGAGCUUCUCACAGUGGAGCUUUUAGUCUUGACAAACAAAAACAAAAGAACCCGAACAGGACUUGAAUGAGCUCGUUUGCACUUUACAGGAAGAUGGAAGUCCAAAAAGCACAAGAUGAAGCAACGUGUAUGUCAUGUAGCGUACUAGCGUACUUUAUUGUACAUGAUGAGUAAUGUCAACAUUAGUGUAGGUGUAUUUAUGGCACUUUGCUAAUUGUUUCUUAUUCUUAUUCUUAUUGUUGUGAAUUAUGAGUCUGCUUAAUAAAGGCAAAAUAAAGGCAUCCAAUCGAUGAAGGGGUACGGGGGCCACACAGAAAGGCAAAGGAAGAAAUGGCAAAUGGUGAGGAAUCACCGUAAAGUUGGUCAGAUUGCGGGGAAAAAUGGCAAAGUUGGCAGGUGUAUCCCACCUGGGAUAGGCUCCAGCAUAAUCCCAAUACCAAGUGUGGACAAGCAUUUUAGAAAAUGAAUGAAGCCAAGUUCUUGUAACGCUAGGAGAAUUACAUCAGACUACAGUAUGUGGGGAAAACUGUAAUAUGUAAAAAAUAUAAUAAUACAAGAAUCAUAUUUUUUUCAUAUAUAGUAUUAGUCAUAUAGGCAAACAUUAUUGUUGUUCCAAAAUUGUUCCAAACAAUCAAAAAAAAAGUCACAAUAUUAAUGAGGAAUAAAUACUUUUUUUGAGGCUCCACAGUGGACAAGUGGUUAGCGUGCAGGCCACACAACUCAGAGACCCGAGUUUGAUUCCACUCUAGGCCAUCUCUGUGUGGAGUGUGAGUGUUUUUUUUUGUCUAUAUGUGCCCUGUGAUUGGCUGGCCACCAGUCCAGGGUGUACCCCGCCUCUCGCCCGAAGACAGCUGGGAUAGGCUCCAGCACCCCCUCGACCCUCGUGUGAAUAAGCGGUAGAAAAUGAAUGAAUAAAUGAAUAUUAAUAAUGAAUACUUUUUUUGAGUCUCCAUAGUGGACGAGUGGUUAGCACGCAGGCCACACAGCUAGGAGACCCGAGUUCAAUUCCACUCUCAGCCAUCUCUGUGUGGAGUGUGAGUGGUUGUUUGUCUAUAUGUGCCCUGUGAUUGGCUGGCCACCAGUCCAGGGUGUACCCCUCGUGAGGAUAAGCGGUAGAAAAUUAAUGAUUAAAUACUUUAAGGGGGGGGUCCACUUAUGUUAAAGUAGUAAUAUUCUGAGAAAGAAGUCAUAUUUUCUUCCCAAGAAAAAAGUUGUAUUAUUACAACAGAAGUAUAAAAAUGAAGUAGUAAUAUUAUCAAAUAUUAUUAAAUCUUCAUGUUAUCAGACGCAAAUUAUUAAAUUACAAGAAAAAAAGCAACAUACCGUAAAUAAAAAGACAAAGUUUUCAUUUUAUAGUUUGACAUUAUUCCUGUAAUUAGCAUUUUACUCUCAUGGGUUAAUUUCCCCCAGAAUUCCUCGUUGUCGGUGUGGCCCUGGUACUCCCGUGUAUGAAAUGCAACCAACCUUUCAGUCCUUCAUUGUUUGACUUAACGGAAACGAGUGUACUGUGUGGUGUUUUUACGUUCACGUUGACCAACGAUGUGAACAUGAACAUUAUAUUGCAUCAUCACGUCUCUCCCUUCAUUCGCUUGACAGGAAUCCCGUUCAAUCUUAAAUGCUGUCUUUGACAUGAAUCACAUGUGUGUGUGUGUGUGUGUGUGUGCACUUCUGGUAUAUAUAACUAUAUAUACUGUGUAUCUACAUAUGAAUGUAUCCAUAAAAAAUAAAUAUAUUUUCACAUUUAUCCCACUGAACAGUUGUUGUUUUUUUUCCCCCUUUCCUCUUUACGCUACAACAGAGACGGUUGCCACGGCAACGACACCACCGCAGUACUCCCGGUACACUCAUGCUGCACGAACGACGGCCUCAUGCUCGUUAAAGGUUAACGCAGAUCGCCCAUCACUUUACAGGCUGUUGCGUUCACUGACAGUAGGAUUGCACAGCUUUUUUUUCUUUUUUUCUUUUUUUAUACCUUUGGUUGGAUGCUGCAGCCUUGGGGGAAACUGUAGUACCGGUUCAUGCCACGAGAGGGGGGUGUAAAGAAACGUUAGAGAAGAAUAAGAAACAAAAAGGAGGCAUUCAUGAGCAAAACAAAGAAGCAGCCAUGUUAGCGACGUUUUUUUUUUUUUUUUUACAUGGAAGGACUCUUAUUUUGAAACAUUGAUGAUGCUAAGUGAUGUGUGUGUUUAAAUCAGCUGCUUCAUGCAUGUUGGUCAGUGCACUAGGAAGUCCGUCCCGCAUCCUCGCUAGCGUCCCACGCUGAUGUUGCAGGUCUUGCAGCUCGGGUCCUUCUUGGCGUUGACGGUGGACAGACUCAUCAGCUGAUGCCCGCUGAUCUCCGCCACCGUGCCCCGCGUCAGCUCCACGGGCUCCGUGUAGAUCACCUCCAGGAUCACGUCCUGGGCGUGAUGGAACACCAGGCCGCCGUCGCCGUCCUCGCUCCGCGUGCACGUGAGGAAGCGGUUGUUGGCGAUGUCGAGGGCGGGGAGCCUCUGCUUGCAGAAGUUGUCCCCCUGGGAGCCUUUGGGGGCCAGGACCAGGAUGACGUAGUGGUACGCCGUGUACAUGCAGUAGAAGUCCCCGAAGUAGAGGUUGGUGUCGGGGUUGAAGAGGGCGUCGGCCUGGACCUCAAAGCGGUGGCGUCCGUAAGGGGAGUCCUGGGGGGGUUUGCCCGUGUUGAACUCUGUGUUGCAGCUGAAGAAGAGACCCUCCAGCUUGCCGCUGAUUGGAGACCCAUGGCUGCCGCUGUUGUCCUUCACCGAUGGAAGCAUUCGGUUCUCCUGCUCCUCCCUGGAUCAUGAUCACAUCCCGUAUUUAAUAUCAAGUAAGUUUGGUUUGAUUGACAGCUGUCCAAUAUUAUUCAUAUGCACACUUGCAGAGCUUCCAUCCAUCCAUUUUCUAUGCUGCUUAUCCUCACAAGUAUGCUGGAGCCUAUCCCAGCUGACAGGGGUACACCCUGGACUGGUGGCCAGCCAAUCACAGGGCACAUAUAGACAAACAACCACUCACACUCACAUUCAUACCUAUGGACAAUUUGGAGUCCACUUGCAGAACCCUAACCAUAAACCCUAAACCCAACACUAUAGUCCAUCCAUCCAUUUUCUAUGCCGAGGCGGGGUACACCCUGGACUGCUCGCCAGCCAAUCGCAGCCCAUCACUAUAGUCCGACUGAAAAUCCCUACCCUUAUCCUUAAGGUGAAGAACAAAGGUCAACCCUAAAAACCUAGUCCUAAAUCCUAAUCACAAACCCAAACCCUGACUAAAAAUAUUCACCCCAACAUCAAAUCCUGAACAAAAAGCCCUACCCUUGCCCUGAAGGUGAAGAACAAAACCCUAACCCUAAUGGUCAUCCCAAACACAAAACCUUAAACCGAAACUUAAAACCUGACUCAAACCAAAAACAUUAAUGUUAAAUCCGAAACCUAAAACUCUUAACCCCCAAUCCAAAAACCUAACCACAAACCCAAACCCGGGCCAAAAAUAUUCACCCCAAAUCCCGAACAAAAAGCCCUACCCUUGCCCUGAAGGUGAAAAACAAAACCCUAACCCUAAUGGUCAACCCUGACACAAAACCUUAAACCUAAACUUAAAACCUGACUCAUACCAAAAACAUUAACCUUAAAUCUGAAACCUAAAACUCCUAACCCCCAAUCCAAAAACCUAACCCUAGAUCUUAAUCACGAACCCAAACCCUGGCCAUAAAUCCUAAACCCAACACGAACCCUGACUGAAAAGCCCUACCCUUAACAGAACCCUAAUCCUAAACUUAAAACCUGACCCAUACCCAAACAUUAACCAAAAGACCGAAACCCAAUCCGAAAACCGUUUUGUUGGUGUCAGGUUUGGGUAAAAUGUUACCCCAACACAAAACCCAUACUCAGAGCCUAA